AUGGUGGACCAAGAGGAUUUCUCAGGUUUCUUCCAAACUGUAUUGAGCUCUUCCUGGGCUACUGUGAUCCUCUGCCUAUUUAGGGUCUUCUCCAUGAUGACACCCUCGGGACCCUUCCUUGUCCCACAUUGAACUGGACCAGAUGAGAACUUGACCAGGGUAGAGAUCACAAAUGAGAUCUGUGAAGUUCUGCUGUGCAUCAACAUAUGUUUUCUGGGGCUUCAGCUCCCUGUGUUCAUCCUCACGGACUAUGUCCACUACAAGCCCGUCAUCAUCCUGCAAGGGAUCAGCUUCAUCCUUACAUGGCUGCUGCACUUGUUUGGCCAAGGGGUGCCGGCCAUGCAGGUGCUGGAGUUCUUCUACAGGAUGGUCACGGCCACCGAGGUGGCCUACUAUGCCUACAUCUACAGCGUGGUCAGCCCGGAGCACUACCAGCAAGUGAGCGGCUACUGCAGGAGCAUCACGCUGGCGGCCUACACGGCGGCCUCGGUGCUGGCCCAAGUCUUGGUCUCCGUGGCCGGCGUGUCCCUCUUCCACCUCAAUGUCAUUACCAUGACUUCUGUGGCCUUCCCUUUCACUUUUUUCCCUCCCAAUGUCCAAUAAAAGCAUGUUUGUUUUUAAAAUGCAAAACCCAGCAGAGAAAUACAGAAGCCACUAAGUAUGAAGGAUAUGUUGUAUGAAAUUCAUGAAUGUAGAGGAGGGGAGAAAAGAAGGCUCUCAGAAACAGCAGCAUUGAAAAUAAGGUUUUUAGUUUAUGGAAGUUUAUUUGUAGUCAUUCCUAAUAAGAGGAUCUAUGUUAUCUGA